CUCUUUCCCUUCUUCCUACACUACCAACUCACCCAUACACUCUGACCAUACAAACCCCAGGUCACCACAAACAAGAUGCCUAAGGAGAAGACCACCCGCAAGGCCGCCCCCAAGGAGCAGCGCAAGCGCGCGAAGAAGGACCCCAACGCCCCCAAGCGUGGUCUGUCCGCGUACAUGUUCUUCGCUAACGACAACCGUGAAACCGUCCGUGAGGAGAACCCCGGCAUCUCCUUCGGCCAGGUCGGUAAGGCUCUCGGUGAGAAGUGGAAGGCUCUCUCCGACAGCGAGCGCAAGCCGUAUGAUGACAAGGCUGCUGCCGACAAGAAGCGUUAUGAGGAUGAGAAGGCCAAGUACCAGGCUGAGCUGGCUGGUGCCGAUGAUGAUGAGGAAUCCUCUUAAACGUCUCUUCGCAAUUUUCAUCUGCGCAGAUGCUGGCGUUCUCGUGCUCUCUUAGUGAUUCUCCCCGGUUUCCUUUUUCCUUGUUGCUUUAUCACUUACGGGCUUAACGGAUGGGUUCCUCGGUGGUUUUUGCUUGCUUUAUGAUGGCCUGAUUGGCCCAACUAGUGUUUACUCGCGGGAAAUGGUUUUCAUCUUGACGUUCCAUCUUCUCAGUAGUCUUGCUUUUUAUUUUACUUUUCUUUUUUCUCUGAGCGCAGGGUAAAAAAAAAGAAAUGAAGUCAACUUUGGCUUGCCUGACUGAUUUGAAGGGUGGCCAGGACGGUGCUUGCUGGAUCUCUCGGCGCAAGCCUAGUCUGCUGUACACUAGUCUAAUCAAUCCUAUUCUAUUUCCC